CUCCGCCCACGGCGGCCGCCUGCUCUCCUCCCACCGCCAGGGGGCGCCGUGCCCCGUGCCCUCUGCUCUCGCCUCUCUAUGGUCGGCAGCUCACAUUCACUUCCGCUUCCGGUCGCUGCUUUCUCUCCGGGCCGCCGCCGCCAAAAUGGUGAACGUGCCGAAAACCCGCCGGACCUACUGCAAGAAGUGCGGGAAGCACCAGCCGCACAAGGUCACGCAGUACAAGAAGGGGAAGGACUCGCUCUACGCGCAGGGAAAAAGGCGUUACGAUCGGAAGCAGAGUGGCUAUGGGGGCCAGACAAAGCCUAUCUUCCGGAAAAAGGCCAAGACCACCAAGAAGAUUGUGCUGAGGCUGGAGUGUGUGGAGCCCAACUGCAGGUCCAAGAGGAUGCUGGCAAUUAAGAGGUGCAAGCACUUUGAGCUGGGAGGAGACAAGAAGAGAAAGGGCCAGGUGAUCCAGUUCUGAGCGUCAUCCUGCUCAUCGUUACGGACCGUAUUAAAUGGGAUGCGUGUUGCUGUACUUGCCAUGUCAGGAUCAUUCCAGCCCCCUGGCCCAGCUAUCUUCACAAUGGUGUCCUGGUGAAGUGCUGUCCAGUCUAAGAUACUCUUGAUGCUGCUCCAGGAGUCAUAGACAUCAUAGAAGUUCCUCCAGUGAUUGCAGUACUGUUUGAUCUCUGUGUAAUUGGGCUGCCAGAACAAUGAGUGUGAUUAGACAGAGCAUCUGGCUGUACAGCAGGAGUGUCAACAAGGCUAGACUGGACCAAAGGUAGCUUGGUGGAGAACCAGGGAAACCCCUUCCAUCACCAGCUAUCUGGAUGAUGUAGUGCACGUUUGUUCCCUUGAAUGCUUUGUGCCCAGUAACUCCACUCUGACAUGUUCUAGACAACACUAUUGCUCCCCUUGAGAGAACAGUUGUCAUCACCAGCUGUGUUACAAAAUUCCUUCCCGGUUUUACUGAAGGUGUGACAAGGCCAGUGGGAUUAAACUGUAAUAUCCCAGUAA